AUGUCUACUUUGGCAAACUCCUUUUCUCGCAAAGCCGAGAGCACUGCUAUCAUCAUUCCGGGCAAGCCAGACCCAUUAACCGUUAGCUAUGAGCGGCUACAUGCCGAUAUCGUCUCCUUCCAGGAAAAACUGGCCCGUUUGGGAAUUACCCACAGUUCCGCGGUCUCCAGUGCACUCCCAAACUCGUACGAAUUCGUCGUCUCCUUUCUGGCUACUUCAUGGCAGAGAGCCAUUGCAGCGCCUUUGAAUCCGGCCUAUAAGCAAGAUGAAUUCGAGUUCUAUAUCGAUGAUUUGAGCUCGGCGCUGGCGCUUGUUCCGAAAGGCUCGUAUAGCCAGAAUGGCCCUGCUGUCCGAGCUGCAAGGAAGUAUAAUGCUGCCAUUGCGGAGUGCUAUUGGAAUGGCAGGGAGGUCGUUCUAGAUGUAAAGGAGCGUGGAAAAUUGGAUGGAAAAGGGAAUCAGAAGGUUCAAACGGCGCAACCGGAUGAUAUUGCCCUGGUUUUACACACUAGCGGCACGACGGGUAGGCCAAAGGCUGUGCCUCUUACCCAUAGAAAUUUGACAAGGACAAUGAAAAAUAUUCAAGCCACCUACUCCUUGACCGAGAAGGAUCGAACCCUUCUUGUAAUGCCCCUUUUCCACGUCCAUGGAUUGUUAGCAGCUUUCCUUGCACCUCUUCUAUCCGGCGGUUCCGCCGUUGUUCCGCUCAAAUUCUCCGCCUCUGAAUUCUGGCACGAUUUCACUACCUACAAAGCAAACUGGUACACUGCCGUCCCAACGAUUCACCAAAUAUUGUUGAAAAAUCCCCUUCCGUCACCCCUCCCGGCGAUCCGAUUUAUCCGGUCUUGCUCCUCUCCCCUUUCGCCAAAGACAUUCCACGAUCUCGAAAAAGCGCUCCAGGCGCCCGUGCUUGAGGCCUAUGCAAUGACGGAAGCAGCUCAUCAAAUGACAAGUAACCCACUUCCACCAGGCAAGCGUAUUCCAGGCAGCGUGGGAAUUGGCCAAGGCGUCGACGUCAGAAUCCUCGACCUGGAAGGCAACGAAGUCGCACAAGGCUCAGAGGGGGAAAUUUGUAUCCGCGGUGAAAACGUCACUAAGGGAUAUCUCAACAACCCUUCUGCCAACAAGUCAUCAUUCACCAAAGACGGAUUCUUCCGUACCGGCGAUCAGGGAAAGAAAGACAAGGACGGAUACGUUUACAUCACUGGACGUAUCAAGGAGCUCAUCAACAAGGGUGGGGAGAAAAUCAGCCCCAUCGAGCUGGACAAUGUUAUCAUGCAGAAUCCCCACGUCGCGGAGGCAGUGUCCUUUGCGAUACCUGAUCAGAUCUACGGGGAGGAUAUCGGUGUAGCCGUCGUGCUCAAAAAGAAGGGGAGUAUCUCUGAUAACGGACUAAAGGCAGAGAUUUCGCCCAAGGUUGCAAAAUUCAAGUUGCCCAAAAAGAUUUGGAUACUCCCGGAAAUCCCCAAAACCGCCACAGGCAAAAUCCAACGCCGCAAGGUUGCUGAAGCAAUGCUCAAGAAAGAAGCUCCUGCGCCAAAACUUUGA